UGAUAAUUCAGUUGAAGAAUAUCUGAUUUGUCUGAUCCGAUAACAAACGCCCUCCAGCGCACAUCUAUGUCUCGCAGAAGGGGACAGGAUUCAUUUUCAAACUACUUGGCGUCUUUUGCCAGACUCUCCGUCUAGUUUAACCCAGUUCCUACCUUCCUGGAACCUCCUGAGGCAGCAAAGUGAAAGCAAGAUACGCUGAAUUCGAUAUUUUGAGACCCGAAUAGAAGUCAAGAUUAUUACUUAUCUAUUUAUUGUUAUUUUUGCGCUUCUCUCUCUUGUUUUUUUUUUUAAAAAAAAUCCAGCGAUACUUUCUCGUGACGAACUUUCAAGAUGCCGACUAUGUGGAUGACCGAUAACCAAAAAAUCGGUAUGAUUUUUUGCUCUGCUGGGGGUUUGUUCCUUUUCGGUGGUGUUCUGAUGUUUUUCGACCGCUCAUUACUGGCGAUGGGGAAUAUCCUGUUCCUCAUCGGGCUGACUCUGAUAAUCGGCUUUGAAAAAACGUUCGCUUUCUUCUCGCGCCGCCAAAAACUCAAAGGCACCGCUGCCUUUGUUUGCGGAAUCCUCCUCAUCCUCCUGCGCUGGCCUCUCACGGGCUUCUUGAUCGAGCUCUACGGCCUCUUCAUCCUCUUCGGCGAUUUCCUCCUCACAAUCGGCCAAUUCGCGGGUAACAUCCCCGUGGUGGGACCCUAUAUCAAGAGUGCCCUGGAGACAUUAGCCGGUGGACGAAGAAACGCUGAACUCCCUGUAUAACUAGUGGGCGCUGCCUCUUGUUUUUUUUUUUUCUCUCUCUCUUUCUCUUUAACUCGACGAUGUUAAGACUCUUCACGUGUUACGGUGUCUUAGGGCGUCUUUAGGGACAAAUAUGAACAGCUGAGCUGUAUGUUCUUCUGCGGGAAGAGGGGGGUGGUUGGAUCCUCUUCCUUAUGUUUAUAAUUACUUACUACUUCUACUACUAUCCAUAUAAUAAUGUGCCGCGGUUGCUAUGAUAAUUGCGGCAAUGUCAGUUUAGAUUAGAUUAAACCUUUACAGGUUUUCUACUUUG